GUCACUGUCCAGCUGGCCUCUGAAAGUCAUGUUAGUAAAAGUAACUAAAUAAUACAUUUACCAACAUCAAAUAUUUAUUAGAAUUACAACACACUGAAUCCUGAAAAAAGUCAUUAUUUUGUUGUUUUAUGUUUUUUUCCUUUAGGCUAAUAGAGAGCGUGGGUUGCUAAGAUGUGAAAAUGCAAUUCUUAGUAGUACUAUUAUAUGAUUUAUAAAAAAAAAAAUAAUGCUUCAAAAAUUCUAUAUUCAAAAAUGAAAAUUUAAACAUAAAUAUCAUGUUUUUUAUUCUUUAAAGAUGUAAAUCAAUAGAUCAAAUUAAUAUCACCCUCCUCUAAUAGAAAGACUCUCGAAACAAUCCAUAUGUGUGAAUCUUUGCAUGUAUUUAUAUAAUUAACCCACCCAGUUGUUUGUUCUUAUCAUUUUAUUUUACAUUUUAGACAACAUCUGUAUUCAUACUUAGACUUUAAUCAAAAAAGUUGAAAAAAAAACAAACAAACAAACAAACAAACAAAAAAACAAAAAAUAACUUUGUCAGAACCUUAAAACCUUAAAAAAAAUGUUGUGUCAUUAAAUAUUGGUUGAAUGUUAGAUUCCUUAGAAAAUAAAAAAAGAAUUAUCAAAUACUCCUUAUGGCGUAACAUUUAUUUAAACUACACAAAAUGAUGAUAUGGAAAUGAAGAAUCACAAAAGUUUUAAAGAGUCAUGUUUCCUAAAUGGAAAACAAGUCUAAAAACAUAAGCAGACAUGGCCGUUCUUGUCUUUUAUUCAUAUAUUUUGUAGCAUUUUUAAUUUUACUAUUGUUUCAAUGCAAUCCAUUUUUUAAUUUUCAUUUUAUUUUUAGCUUUUGAUUAGGAUUUGUCAAAUUGUCACAUUAGAUAAUAUUCUUUUCUUUCAGACAAGUUAGAAAUUUUUUUAUGUUAGUCUAAUUUUUUUUUUUAUUUCCAAUAAUUUCCAAUGAGAUGUUUGUUGAAAGAAAUCUUUCGUUCAAAGAGGCCUGAUCAUGUUGCUUCAACAAAGUCAAUUAAUUUCUGAUAAAGGACGCCUCAAAGGGCAUUAUCCCACUUUAUUAUGGUCACUUAUCAUAGAAAUAAAUAUUAAAUUAAUUAAAUCUUAUUUUCUGUUUAAAUCGUUUUUGACAAGACGCAGAUUGAAUACACGGUGCAAUGCAUUGUCAUGGUAACGGCUUCCAAGCCUGCACUGACCUUGCUCUGCAUCUGUGGAAAAAUGUGACAAAUGUGCUAAAUAUCAUGUUAAGUGAUACAAGGCAUCACUUCUGUGGAAAAGUUCACCUAGUCUUGCUUAAAUUUGUCUGGAUGAUGAAGCAAAAGUGUUUACACAACUAUUCUGGGAUGGUCAGUGGGUGACUCAAUGUGAUGAACAUUUGGAGCACAAAUCCUAUGUGACGUGCAUGAUGGAAGGAAAUCUGGUUGGCAAACCCAGUGGGGAAGAUUUGGGUUUUAAAUCCGAGCCCAGAGCAAAAUGACAUGCACUUGGCGUGCCAUUUAAUGCAGCCCCAUUCAUACUCACUGAGCCACACAUCCAGGACACCCAAAACCUAAAGCUGCUGGCAGUCGGAGCCCAGCAGGCGAGUGCCCUGUCAGCCAUUCCUGAAUCAAAUGCUCACAGAGUCAUCCACACAUCAGACAGGGGCAUUUCCUGGGGCGUGAGCCAUGGGGGCAUCAGCAGUAUUCCCAGCCAGCAUGCCCUCAUGACUGAGAGGAAAAGGAGAGUCGUGGGCUUACACAGAGGAAGGCGGACAAGCAGGCCCUGUCAGAUGGGCUGAACAAUGACUGCGAUGGAGGGACAAACAGUUGACAUCAUUGUUGGAGGACGAUCCUCCUGUUGGCAUCGCCCAGAGCGAAAUGCCGGGGUCACAGACGGGGACAGGGGGCUGGGAGGGAAACACAAAUAUAAAAAGCAGCAGAGGAGAACCUGCAGCACCGAUCUCAGACCAGACUUCAGCUCUGCUCACUCUCCAGCACUGCCUUUCAUCUCACCAUGGACAUUCCUAUUCAGUACCCCUGGUACCGCCGGCCCCUGUCCAGCCGCUUCGCUGACCUCUCCUUGGGAGAACCACUCAUUGACUGGCCAAUGAUGUGGCCCUUCUCCUGGUCAUUUCCAUGGAUACGCCCGUCCUUCAUGCGCUGGGUCAACUGGCCUGAGAACGGUCUCACUGAGAUGCGCCUGGAGAAGGACCGCUAUGUGAUUUACCUGGACGUGAAGCACUUCUCCCCCGAUGAGCUGUCCGUCAACGUCUCUGACGAGUUCAUCACUGUUCACGGGAAGCACGAAGGCAGACAGGACGACCACGGCUUUGUGUCCAGAGAGUUCCUGAGAAAGUACAGGCUCCCAUUCGGUGUGACGGGGGCCGAUGUUACCUCCAACCUCUCCUUCGAUGGCGUGCUGACCAUCACGGCGCCUCGCUCCUCUCAAGGACAGGAGCGCAGCAUUCCCAUCUCCUGUGAUGACGGAACACAGAAGUAGAAGGAGAGCAGACUCCAGACCUCGAGUCUCUUCAACUACUAACCCAAGUGCUUUUCUUACAUUAUAUUUAACCUGUUAUGUUACUGUAACAGCUCUCACAGAGGUCAGGGGUCUAAAUACUGGAAAC